AUGGUUAACGAAAACACCACCCCAUCGGAUAAUGACCAGGAUAACACUGGCGAACAUCAAUACCAAGAUUUACCUCCAGGAGAUGGAAGAGUCUCCCCAAGCAUUUACCAAAUAGUACCAGAAAGCAACUUCCCUGACGACAGAUGGAUGACUGAGAUUGGAUUCAACAACGAGACCGGACGCAAUGCCUUGUACUAUGCCGCGUGCAAUCAAUAUGUUGAUUAUGAGAUCUUCAUGUGGCUUCUUGAUUACUUCGGUAACUGGACCCAUGAUGACUUCAAACGGCUUAGCGUACACAUCCAGAAAAAGAUCAAGGACAUGCUAAUGGACCGAGGCAUCUUUGUUGAUUAUAUUGGCAGGAAAAAGACGAUUGCAAAGGCACUAGAUGACUUAGUGCAGAUGACUAGGAUGCCUGAGUGGCCGCAUGAGAUUGCUGCCGCCAAAGCCUUUGACUCACGGUCGAAGAUGGCCAAGGCCUCCUUGAUUGAGGAUGGCAGAGAGGACUACGAAAAGGGUAAGCAACCGUUGGUAGAGACACCAAAGCAGGCAUCUCAAGAUCAUGAUCAACAGCCAAAAAAUCAUGCUCAAAAUGACAAGCCUAGUAGACCUCAUGACCACUUAAGCUUGCCUGGACCUGCUUAUACUUACCCAUACCGCUCCAAACUUGAGGACGACUGGCGCAGGCAGACACCGCGCUAUACCAUAGCACCCCCGGCGCCCGAGAUCUCAAUGUCAUCGGAGAAGUGGGACGAUUGGACUAUGCUACCACCUAGGGAAGUUGGAUGUGAGCAUAUUGAUUCGAAGUCAAUGCUCACGUUCGUCAAGAUAUGGGAUAAAAAGCUUACUUACUCUGGAGAUCGGUACGACAUCUUGGACGAUAAAGUACGCGCAUUCUUGAGAGCGUGCAAGCUCUCUAGCAUCUCGAUUAGUUAA